ACAAAAUUCAGUGUGGCCUUAUACUUCUUUUAAAAGACGAACUUGUUGACGCUAAUCGUUUGACGUUGACAGCCGAGUGGGGAGUGCGGUCUACGGAUCCAAAGGUGUCUCCUUUAUCUCGCUGCACAAUCGAUAGCCCGCUUCCUGUUCUUCCUCUUCCAGUUCGCUCCUUAUCAAAGAAAACCAAGCAGCUUGCUCCUCCUAGAUCCUCGCCGGGAAGCUCGAUUGCGCAGCUCUUUCGUGUUCUCCGGCGGGAAUGGCCUUUCUAUUUAAACUGUCACAUUCAUGACUAUAGUAUCAUCUGUGAAAAUACUUGAAGAAAUAUGAGACUGAAUAUUUUGAAGCUUUUGCUUGCUGGACUUCUUUCAGUUGUUGUUGCUGAUAUUGAAGGGGAUGCAUUAGUUGACAUGAGAAAUAAAUUAAAUGCUACUAGUACUCAGCUUAGUGAUUGGAAUCAGAAUCAGGUUACUCCUUGCACUUGGAAUUCUGUAAUUUGUGACAGCAAUAACAAUGUUGUUCAAGUAACAUUGGCUAACAUCGGGUUCAAUGGAGUUUUGUCGCCAAGAAUUGGAGAGCUAAUGCAUCUCAAUGUAUUGUAAGUUUACAUGGUACUCUUAAGGCUGCUUUUGACAAGUUUCGGUAAACCUGGGUAUUUUUGUAUUGAAGAGA